AUGGCGGCCGAAGAGCGGGAGGAGGAAGGGAGGGGCCAGCGCGGCGCCCGCCCCCUGCGGCGCGCGCGGGAGGGGGUCGCCGUUGCCAUGCCGCCGCCGCCGCGCUGCCGCGUGCUCUACGCGCGCGUCUUCGGGCCGCCCGCCGAGGGGGCGCCGGCGCGGCAGCGCCUCCGCCGCAAGGAGCAGCUCCUGGCCGUGGCCAGGCAGGUGGACUCGCAGUGCCGGCUGCUGCAGGCGGCCGCGGGCCGGGCGGCCGCCCCGGCGCUGCCGCAGCUCCCCGACGAGCCGGUGUCGCUGCAGGCCGCCCCGGGCGGGCUGUUCCGGCUGCCCGCCGGGGACCCCUUUGCCGGGCCCACCACGGUGGUGUGGCUGGCCGUGCUGGCGCUGGGCUUCGCCCUGGUCUGCGACCCCCACGAGAACCUGCUGCUGGCCGAGACCACGCUGCGGCGCCUGGCCCAGCGCCUCCUGAGCUCCCUGCGCCUCCUCAGCCCCGGCACCGACGUCCUGCUCCGGGCCGACAAGGCCGAGGUUCUCCUCGACCACUUCCUGCCCCACGGGCAGCUGCUUUUCCUCAACGAGCAGUUCGUGCAGGCGCUGGACCGGGAGCUGAGCGCCAAGGCGUCGCGGUAGGCGGGGUGCCGGCAGCCCUGCCCCACUCCCCGCCUGGAAGAGGGUUUUCGUGCCCCUGUGCAGCGCGGGUGGCACACCUGGAGGGAGCCGAGCCCUGCAGAAGUGGGGCAGGUACCUGGGGGGUGAGACUGGGCGGCUUGAGGCUGGUGUUUUGGGCCUUCUCCAAACCCACUGGGGAGAAAAGGGGGAAUUAAAAAGGGGAAAUGAAGGGAACCAAACCCACCUUCCCCACAAGCAGGCACUGGUUUCAAGGCCAGCAAAUGUACAGGAGAGGCGGCCAGCUUGUCAGAGGAGCCUCAGAAAGAAAGAACUGGGAUGUGAGCCGGAAACGGGGAGGGUUUACAUCUGUCUGCCCCAUCCCGGUGCCUUCUCGGGAGGGCAGGAAAGUGUUGGAUGCCAGUGGAAACAAAAGGGCUGGAUGUGUAAGGCAUUGCUAUCUUUUCUUAAAUAAUAAAAAAUGAGGAUGGAAACAGGACUACCGGAAAAGAAGUUUCAGUUUUC